GCUGGACAGGGUCACAGGUGAGUGGCUGCCGUGCCUGGAUGGGUUUAUAAAGGGAGGAGAAGCAGCAGGAGCAUCCAGGUGUGACAGGAGGGAGAAGAGCUCCGACCUCCAGCGUCCUGUGGCUGCACUCCCAGGCUCUCAGGAUGGUUUCGAGGAAGGUGGUGGCCACUUUGCUGCUGGUGUCCCUGCUGUCCGUGCUGGCUGAGCAGACCCAAGGCUUCAUGCCCUUUUUCACCCAGAGUGACUUCCAGAAAAUGCAGCUGCAGGAAAAGGAGAGGAACAAGGCAGGGCAGAAGAAAUCCCUGAGCUCGCUGCAGCAGCUGGAGGAGGAAGGUUUCUCUGAGCAAUCUGGUGUGGAUGUCAAUGCAGCCAAGACCCUCCAGCAAGCCCUUCCUGUCAGAGCUUGGCUCACCCCAAGGCAGCUGGAAAAAUACCAAGAUGUCCUGGAGAAACUGCUGGCAGAGCUGUUACAGGACACCCCAGAUGCUGACUGAUAUCUGCAGGAUCAGAAGAGAAAGUGCUGGAGCUGCUCAAGCUGAAAGACUCCACUUAUGUAAACGAAAUUUGUGAGAGAGAUUAACAAAAUCUGAGGUGAGACAAUAAAUGUGCAACGUAAUUAAAA